AUGAAGAACAAUCUAUUCACCACGCUGUCCGUCCUCGCGACGGGCGCUCUGGCAGCGGUGGACUAUCCUCCCCUUCCCGAGGACCUGACUACGCCUUUCCAGCAGCGUCUCGCUGUAUAUGGACCUAAUGCUGUCUCCGUCGGCUGGAACACCUACCAGCAGAUGAACCAGGGUUGCGUUCAAUAUGGUACAUCCAGCGAUGCCCUAACCUCCAGGGCGUGCUCGUCCGUUUCCACGACGUAUGCCAGUUCACGCACCUGGUCCAACGCGGUGGUGCUGUCCGACCUGGCCCCGGCGACGACCUACUACUACAAGAUCGUGUCCGGCAACUCGACGGUCAACCACUUCAUGAGCCCGCGGCUCGCCGGCGACACCACCCCCUUCACCAUGGACGUGGUCAUCGACCUGGGCGUCUACGGCAAGGACGGCUAUACCCUCGCCUCCAAGAAGAUCAAAAGGUCGGACAUCCCGCACAUCCAGCCCGAGCUCAACCACACCACCAUCGGAAGCCUGGCGCGCACCAUCGACGACUAUGAGCUCGUCAUCCACCCCGGCGACUUCGCCUACGCCGACGACUGGUACCUCAAGAUUGACAACCUGCUCCACGGCAAGGACUCGUACCAGUCCAUCCUGGAGCAGUUCUACGACCAGCUCGCGCCCAUCGCCGCCCGCAAGCCCUACAUGGCCAGCCCCGGCAACCACGAGGCCGCCUGCACCGAGGUCCCCUUCACAUCGGGUCUCUGCCCCGAGGGGCAGCGCAACUUCACCGACUUCAUGCACCGCUUCGCCCAGACCAUGCCGGCCGCGUACGCCUCGCGCUCCUCCAGCACCGCCGCCCAGUCCCUCGCCGCCAAGGCCAAGGCGCUCUCGAACCCGCCCUUCUGGUACUCCUUCGAAUACGGCAUGGCGCACGUGGUCAUGAUCAACACCGAGACCGACUUCCCCAAGGCCCCCGACGGCAAGGACGGCUCCGCCGGUCUCGGCGGCGGGCCCUUCGGCACCUCCACGCAGCAACUCGACUUCCUCGCUGCCGACCUCGCCAGCGUCGACCGCACCGUCACCCCCUGGGUCAUCGUCGCGGGCCACCGCCCCUGGUACACGACCGGCACGGGCAGCUGCGGUCCCUGCCAGGACGCCUUCGAGGGCCUGCUGUACCGCUACGGCGUCGACCUGGCCAUCUUCGGCCACCAGCACAACUCGCAGCGCUUCCUGCCGGUCGUCAACGGCACGGCGGACGCCAACGGCAUGACGGACCCCAAGGCGCCCAUGUACAUUGUUGCCGGCGGGGCGGGCAACAUCGAGGGCUUGACCGCGGUGGGCACGAAGCCGUCGUACACGCAGUUCGCGUACGCGGAUGAUUACAGCUAUGUGACGGUCUCGUUUGAGGAUCGCAAUCAUCUGCGGGUCGACUUUUUGCGGUCGGGUACGGAGGAGCGGCUGGAUUCGAGUACGCUGUACAAGAGCCAUGCGGCGCAGUUUGUGGUGCAGUAG